AUGAAGAUUAUUUCGCUUGCUUUGCUGGCCCUAGCUGGGAUAAACUUUGCCAGUCCGACUGCUGCCCUGCAAGUUCGGAGUCCCCCACCGGCUGGUUCAGAACAAGCUCGCGAGCUUUACGAGCUGGUUAAGAAGGGGAUGCGGAGCUGGGGCCUGGCGGGCGCCAUUCAUCCUCCCAGCGGGCACAUCAGCGCUCCGUCGGCCAACCUACCUGGCGGCCUACCCGAACUAAACCGGCCCCGUCCCCCCAAGCCUAACGGUGUGCCUGGUACGCCGGGCCACCCUCUUGGCCCUCGUAAGAAGCAAGGGCGUAUAUAUGAGAGGCGCAAGUCAUGCGUAGCGCAGAAACGCAGCGGCAUAAAGUGCUCCGCCGGCACGAGGGUGACCACACGAGCGUCCAGGUUCCCGAAGCUCCGCCUCAUCGGGCAGGGCGGGGUCAUGGUGGCUUUUUCGAUCCUUUCACCUCAUGCGCAUGAAAUCCUGGAAGCGGUUAAGAACUGGGACAACCCGAUUGGCACAGCCGUCGGAUGGUUUGACGAGGCAAUAAAGGGUCUUCAGGAGGCCAUUGGUGGAAAGCACGUCCCCGAAAUCGACGGUAACGAGCUUAAGCUACGGCUCAUCUGUCUUUUCCGGGCUAACAGCCCUAAACACCCCGACGUCAUUGACGAUCUAUGCAAGCGCCACCAAGACGAGUCUCUUGAGAUAAAGAAGCAGCAGCAGGCCAUUGAUGGCCUAAACCAGAUUUCCGACCUAUGCAAAAAGGUGGAGGAGGAGGGUCCCCCCAUAGAUGUCAAGAUAAAGAGGGAUGUGUUAGCACUCUGUGACAAAUAUAGCAAGACCAUAGAGGGCAUGGUCGACGCCAACGCAGGCCUCAUCCUGCUGGGCGAGUGGGCUCGUGCCCGUACGCUCAACAACCAAGACCUUGAGGAAUCAGACGUGGCCGUUGCACGACGAUUCAUCCGAGAGGGCGCCUUUGGUCUCGCCAUAGCCACCAACGAGACAGAAGCAAGUGCCAUUGCCUCGCUAUACAUGGCGCACAUGUCGAGCUACACCAUCAUGGAGAUUGAUGAGGACGGGAACGAGGAGCUCAUCUAUCACUCCAAGCCGCCAGUAUGGCUCGAGCUGCUGCAGACGGGCGCGAGUUUCGUGCCUGAGGACCGGGAGGGGAUUAACCAGGCGCUGAAGCUUCUCGAUGGAACACCGUACCUACACCAUUUUGACAAUGAGGGCAGGGAAGAUCGUUUCGAAAAGGUCCAGACGUGCUGGAGUCAUACGAACCUGCUCAUGUUCCAGCCGCCGCGGUGGGACCUGAUUGCGGCGGCCAUGACCUACCUCGAGGGCAGGGUGCGGGACCUCGGCCUGGAGCAAAUCUUAGCGUGCACGCCGUGCUUGGUGCUCUCGGACUUUUGGGUGCUGCGUUGCGGAUCGGCCGUGCCGUAA